CGCUUCACCGACCCCAAGGACGCCGCGAGCGAGCUAGGGCUUCGAACGAAGUCAGAUAAGUAGCAAAGCAAACCCUUCUUCUUUCAGCUCCACUAUAACGCCGAACCACUCAACAGAGCCAAGCAGCGAACACGUAGAGAUGGCGAAGUCCAAGAAUCACACGGCUCACAACCAGUCCUACAAGGCUCACAAGAACGGGAUCAAGAAACCCAGAAAGCACCGCCACGCUUCCACCAAAGGGAUGGAUCCUAAGUUCUUGAGGAACCAGAGGUACGCGAGGAAACACAACAAGAAAAGUGGUGAACCAACCACAGAGGAAGAGUAGACCUACCUACCCACCUGAAAUGGGUCUCACUCGUUAGGGUUCUAUUUUAUUUUGAACUAAUUUUUUACUUUAAUAUGAAACAAUUUUCAUUAGAUUGUUCUGGGUUGUAUUUUUCUUGUUGAGAUGAGCUAAACCCAUUUCUAAUUUUGUGGGGAUGUUACUAUUGGUGUCUGUUGAAAGAUCAUAUAUUUUGAGCUUGUUAUUUGAAAUCCAUUUUCUUUUGAUAUUUUUGUUCCUUAA